AUGUGCCUUGACGAAGACACUGUUGUUUUAGCUGGACCCCAUUGGCCAUCGUAUGAUGCCGUACUUCGGGAAGCGCAGGGGCCCAGCCAAGAAAUUGUUCGCUAUACUGCAGAGGUGCAGUCUUACCCUGGUAAACUACUUCUGCUCCCAGAUAGGAAACAGGUGUAUCCACAGCACCCAUAUCAUUCCGAUCGCCAAUCUGAUAAGCAGUCCAAUACCGCGAUGGCAAAAAUGUAUAUGGGGAUUCACGCAUCUUGCGACAACAUUGCUAAUCGCGCAAUCUGGUCGCCGUUUAAUGUCUCUGUUGGCUCUACCUUGCAACUUUGGUUGACGCUCGAACGCCGCUGUGCCCGCUAUCUUGGUCAAAUACAGAGACAGCGACCGCAACCAAGGGACAUGAAUUAUGUCCCUCCUAUUCCAAACUCACCUCGCCAGCCAACCUCUCUCGGCUUUGAACGCUAUUACGUUCCCUAUCCCUGUAUCGAACAAUGCGGUGACGAAUGGGAAGGAUGGUGGGAUGAGGAACCCAUAGACAUCCCUGACUUGACCUCUAGACUCCUUGCAAAUCUCGAGCGACUGGACCAUAAUGUCGUUCAGACGUCUCUGGAGAUGUCGCCAGAGGAGCUCAAUGACUAUAUCUAUGACUUCUUUCAAGAUACUCAAACCUUUCCUAAAGGCGACACCAAAGUCUCUCAGUUUGUAUGGAGAGAGAUAUUCUUCCGAAUCCCUUUCCUCUGGGAUCUUGCCGCUGAGGCUGUGUAUAAUAAGACUGGCUCGGAUACAGAAGAAGUCGAGAAGUGGAACUGGGAAAAGCUCACUAGACAGGUUAUGAGCUCUCCACAUCCUGCACCUUCUGAUGCAGCCAGCUACAGGGAUGAGGGCAUAUGGAGUUAUGCCGAGGCUGGGCUGGAUGUUCCGGGUGGAUUUACCAACCGCCGACGAAUUUGGCAGAUUUUGGAGGACAUGCGCUGGGAAGACAUACAAGGUGAAGGCUACAUUUAG